CUUUAGUCUCAACUUUGCUGGAAACUUCAUGGUCUCUCUGGUAGUCUGGUAUAGCUAAAAGAAGAAAAACCAGGGAAAUUACUAGAAUUCUCUUCCGCACAACAAUUCAACUAUAAAUUGUGGAACUCCACAAUCCUAAUUCUCAUAGAAGAGAAACAAAAGGAUUCCAAGCAAACCUUUCCAUUAAUUCCUUAUCCAAAUCUUACCCCUUUUAUCCAAUUAAAAUGUCGCUCAUUCCAAGCUUCCUUGGUGGAUUUUGGGAUCCAUUCCAGGACUUCCCAUUCUCAUCUUCACUCACAACCUCUCGCCCUCAAUUCUCUAGCGAUACUGCUGCGUUUGCCAAUUUCGGCGUGGAUUGGAAAGAGACCCCAGAAGCGCACAUCUUUAAAGCUGACCUUCCUGGGCUGAAAAAGGAAGAAGUUAAGGUCGAAGUUGAAGAAGGCAGAGUCCUUCAGAUCAGUGGAGAGAGGAGCAAAGAACAGGAAGAAAAGAAUGAUCAGUGGCAUCGUGUCGAGCGUAGCAGCGGCAAGUUCCUUCGCCGGUUCAGAUUGCCUGAGAAUACUAAGAUAGAUCAAAUGAAGGCCUCCAUGGAGAAUGGUGUUCUCACUGUCACAGUCCCCAAGGAAGAAGUUAAGAAACCAGAGGUCAAGGCUAUUGAAAUCUCUGGUUAAAAUGGGAGGGACAACGAUUGUGUCACCGAGACCUCUUAAUAAACCUAUGUUUUUGUUUACGUGUGUGCUAUUUUACAGUACGAGUGUGAUUUUUUUUUUUCUUCUUCUUCUUUUUCUUUUUGUGGUAUGACUUAUGAGUGUGGUUGAAAAGCAUUUGUACUGUAGCUUUUGGUUUUAAUUUCAUGUUGUAUCCUCUGUUUAUUUGGUUUUGAGUCUUUUAAUUAGAAAACAAAAUAUAAUUCCUCCCUU